GCCGCAGAGCUGCAGCUCCGGGCGGAGGGUAAGGAGGGGAGCUCCGCGGGUCCCCGCGCCGAGUCCCCAGACGCGCCCCGCCUCCCAGGUUCCUGCUGCCGCUCCCGGCCUCUGCGCGUCCGCCGCUCGCCUGUCCCCCGCGCCCCGCAGGCCGUCCGCAGCCGCCGCGAUGAAGGCAGGCUCGGGGGAUCAGGGGAGCCCCCCGUGCUUCCUGCGCUUCCCGCGGCCCGUGCGGGUGGUAAGUGGCGGUGAGGCCGAGCUCAAGUGCGUGGUCCUGGGGGAGCCGCCUCCCACUGUCGUGUGGGAGAAGGGCGGGCAGCAGCUGGCGGCCUCGGAGCGCCUGAGCUUCCCGGCGGACGGCGCCGAGCACGGCCUGCUGCUGAGCAGCGCGCUGCCCACCGACGCGGGGGUCUACGUGUGUCGCGCUCGCAACGCGGCCGGAGAGGCCUACGCGGCAGCCGCCGUCACCGUGCUGGAGCCGCUGGCCCCUGAGCCCGAGCCCCAGCCCGCUGAGCGCCCGCUGCCCCCACCUGGGGCCGGGGAGGGCGCCCCGGUAUUCCUAACAGGGCCUCAGUCCCAGUGGGUGCUGCGGGGGGCGGAGGUGGUGCUGACGUGCCAGGUGGGGGGCCUCCCGGCGCCCAUCCUGUACUGGGAGAAGGAUGGGAUGGCCCUGGACGAAGUGUGGGACAGCAGUCACUUCGCUCUCGAGCCGGGCCGCGCCGAGGGCGGCCCGGGAGCGAGCCUGGCGCUGCGCAUCCUGGCGGCGCGGUUGCCCGACUCGGGCGUCUACGUAUGCCACGCGCGCAACGCGCACGGCCACACGCAGGCCGGCGCGCUGCUCCAGGUGAACCAGCCCCCCGAAAGCCCUCCCUGUGACCCCGACGAGGCCUCCAAGCCCGUGGUGGAGCCGCUCAAGUGCGCGCCCAAGACCUUCUGGGUGAACGAGGGCAAGCACGCCAAGUUCCGCUGCUACGUGAUGGGCAAGCCCGAGCCCGAGAUCGAAUGGCACUGGGAGAGCCGCCUGCUGCUCCCCGAUCGCCGCCGCCUCAUGUACCGCGACCGCGACGGCGGCUUUGUGCUCAAGGUGCUCUACUGCCAGGCCAAGGACCGCGGGCUCUACGUGUGCGCGGCGCGCAACUCGGCGGGCCAGACGCUCAGUGCUGUGCAGCUGCAUGUCAAAGAGCCCCGCCUCCGCUUCACAAGGCCCCUGCAAGAUGUGGAGGGCCGGGAGCAUGGGAUUGCCGUGCUGGAGUGUAAAGUACCCAACUCACGCAUCCCCACGGCCUGGUUCCGUGAGGACCAGCGGCUGCUCCCCUGCCGCAAGUAUGAGCAGAUAGAGGAGGGCGCAGUGCGGCGCCUUGUCAUCCACAGGCUGAAGGCGGAUGACGACGGUGUCUACCUGUGCGAGAUGCGGGGCCGGGUGCGCACCGUGGCCAAUGUGACAGUCAAAGGGCCCAUCCUGAAGCGGCUGCCCCGGAAGCUUGAUGUCCUGGAGGGAGAGAAUGCUGUGCUGCUGGUGGAGACACGAGAGGCUGAUGUCCAGGGACACUGGAGCCGUGAUGGGGAGGAGUUGCCUACCACAUGCCAGAGCAGCUCGGGUCACAUGCAUGCUCUGGUCCUUCCAGCGGUCACCCGAGAAGAUGCCGGCGAGGUCACCUUUAGCCUGGGCAACUCCCGUACCACCACUCUGCUCAGAGUCAAAUGCAUCAAGCACAGCCCCCCGGGACCCCCCGUGUUGGCAGAGAUGUUUAAGGGCCACAAGAACACUGUCCUGCUUACCUGGAAGCCUCCUGAGCCAGCUCCUGAGACCCCCUUCAUCUACCGGCUGGAGCGGCAGGAGUUGGGCUCGGAAGACUGGGUCCAGUGCUUCAGCAUUGAGAAGGCUGGAGCUGUGGAGGUGCCGGGAGACUGUGUGCCCUCCGAGGGUGACUACCGCUUCCGCGUCUGCACAGUCAGUGAACAUGGCCGCAGUCCCCACGUUGUGUUCCAUGGGUCUGCUCACCUUGUGCCCACAGCUCGCCUGGUGUCAGGUCUGGAGGAUGUGCAGGUAUACAAUGGGGAAGAUGCUGUUUUCUCCCUCGAUCUCUCCACCAUCAUCCAGGGCACCUGGUUCCUUAAUGGGGAAGAGCUCAAGAGUAAUGAGCCAGAGGGCCAGAUGGGCCCUGGAGCCCUGCGAUACCGUAUGGAGCAGAAGGGCCUGCAGCACAGACUCAUCCUGCAAGCCGUUAAGCACCAGGACAGUGGGGCCCUGGUCGGCUUCAGCUGCCCCGGGGUGCAGGACUCAGCUGCCCUCACCAUCCAAGAGAGCCCCGUGCACAUCCUGAGUCCCCAGGACAAGGUGGUGUUGACCUUUACAACCUCAGAGCCGGUGGUACUAAUCUGUGAGCUCUCGCGGGUGGACUUCCCGGCAAGCUGGUACAAGGAUGGGCAGAAGGUAGAGGAGAGCGAGUCACUGGUGGUGAAGAUGGAUGGACGCAAACACCGCCUGAUCCUGCCUGCAGCCGAAGUCCAGGACACUGGCGAGUUUGAGUGCAGAACAGAAGGGAUCUCGGCCUUCUUCAGUGUCACUGUCCGAGAUCCCCCAGUGCACAUCCUGGAUCCCCAGGAGCAUGUGUUUGUGCACGCCAUAACCUCUGAGUGUGUCAUGCUGACGUGUGAGGUAGACCGAGAGGACGCCCCUGUGCACUGGUACAAGGAUGGGCAGGAGGUGGAGGAGAAUGACUUCGUGGUGCUGGAAGACGAAGGGCCCCGCCACCGCCUGGUGCUGCCCACUGCCCAGCCUCCAGAUGGGGGCGAGUUUCAGUGCGUCGCUGGAGAUGAGCGUGCCUGCUUCACUGUCACCAUCACAGAUGUCUCCUCGUGGAUCGUGUACCCCAGCGGCAAGGUGUAUGUGGCCGCUGUGCGCCUGGAGCGCGUGGUGCUGACCUGUGAGUUGUGCCGGCCCUGGGCCGAAGUGCGCUGGACCAAGGAUGGGGAAGAGGUGCUGGAGAGCCCGGCGUUGCUCCUGCAGAAGGAGGACACUGUCCGCCGCUUAGUGUUACCUGCUGUCCAGCUCGAGGACUCCGGCGAGUACUUGUGUGAAAUCGAUGACGAGUCAGCCUCCUUCACUGUCACUGUCACAGAGCCUCCGGUACGCAUCAUAUACCCCCAGGAUGAGGUGACCUUGAUCGCCGUGAGCUUGCAGUGUGUGGUGCUGAUGUGUGAGCUGUCUCGGGAGGACGCCCCCGUGCGCUGGUACAAGGAUGGGCUAGAGGUGGAGGAGAGCGAGGCCCUGGUGCUGGAGAAUGAUGGGCUGCACCACCGCCUGGUGCUGCCCGCUGCCCAGCCUGAGGACGGGGGCGAGUUCGUGUGUGACGCCGGGGAUGACUCAGCCUUCUUCACUGUCACUGUCAUAGCCCCACCAGAGAGGAUUGUGCACCCAGCCGCCCGCUCCCUGGACCUACAGUUCGGUGCUCCAGGGCGUGUGGAGCUGCGCUGCGAGGUGGCCCCUGCCGGGUCCCAGGUGUGCUGGUUCAAGGAUGGGCUGGAGGUGGAAGCAUCGGACACCCUGCAGCUGGGUGCUGAGGGGCCUGUUCGCACCCUAACCCUGCCCCAUGCCCAACCUGAAGAUGCCGGGGAGUAUGUGUGCGAGACUCGUGAUGAAGCUGUCACCUUCAAUGUCAGCCUGGCUGAGGCCCCAGUCCAGUUCCUUGCCCCAGAGGAAGCCCCUGGCCCACUCUGUGUGGCCCCUGGGGAACCGGUGGUGCUGAGCUGUGAAUUGUCUCGGGCUGGCGCACUUGUUUUCUGGAGUCACAAUGGGAGGCCGGUGCAGGAGGGAGAGGGCCUGGAACUCCAAGCUGAGGGACCUCGCCGCGUCCUCUGUAUCCAGGCUGCAAACCCUGCUCAUGCAGGGCUCUACACCUGCCAGUCUGGGGCAGGCCCAGGGGGCCCCAGCUGUACCUUCAGUGUCCAGGUGGCUGAGCCCCCUGUGCGGGUGGUGACCCCAGAGGCUGCCCAAACGAGGGUUCGCAGCACCCCAGGCGGGGACCUAGAGCUGGUGGUGCACCUUUCUGGGCCGGGGGGCCCUGUGCGCUGGUACAAGGAUGGGGAGCGCCUGGCCAGCCAGGGGCGGGUGCAGCUGGAGCAGGCUGGGGCAAGGCAGGUGCUGCGGGUACAGGGGGCCCGGAGCAGGGAUGCUGGGGAGUACCUGUGCGACGCACCCCAGGACAGCCGCAUCUUCCUCGUCCAUGUGGAAGAACCACCACUGGCGAAGCUGGUCUCUGAGCUAACGCCACUAACUGUCCAUGAGGGCGACGAUGCCACAUUCCGGUGUGAAGUCUCCCCACCAGACGCCGAUGUCACCUGGCUGCGCAAUGGGGCUGUUGUCACUCCAGGGCCCCAGCUAGAGAUGGCCCAGGAUGGUUCAAGCCGCACACUGACUGUGAGAGGUUGCCAGCUUGAGGAUGCAGGGACUGUGACCGCCCGAGCAGGGAGCACAGCUACAAGUGCGCGGCUCCACGUUAGAGAAAUGGAACUGCUGUUCCUGCGGCGGCUGCAGGAUGUGCGGGCAGAAGAAGGCCAGGAUGUGUGCCUCGAAGUGGAGACAGGCCGAGUGGGCGCAGCAAGUGCUGUGCGCUGGGUACGAGGCGGGGAGCCCUUACCCCAUGACUCUCGCGUAUCCAUGGCCCAGGAUGGCCACAUCUACCGCCUCUUCAUCCACGGUGUCAUGCUAGUUGAUCAGGGCACCUACGGAUGUGAAAGCCACCACGACCGCACCCUGGCCAGGCUCAGCGUGAGGCCGAGGCAGCUAAGGGUUCUGCAGCCUCUGCAGGAUGUGACUGUCAUUGAGGGGGGCAGCGCCACCUUCCAGCUAGAGCUGUCCCAGGAGGGUGUGACUGGAGAGUGGGCCCGUGGUGGAGUACGGCUGCAGCCAGGGCCCAAGUGCCACCUUCAUGCAGAAGGCCAUACUCACGGCCUGGUCCUCAGUGGCCUGGGCCUGGCAGACUCGGGAUGCAUCUCCUUCACUGCAGAUUCCCUGCGCUGUGCAGCCAGACUCACUGUGAGAGAGGCCCCAGUGACCAUUGUGUGGGGGCCACAGGACCUAGAGGUGACUGAGGGAGACACGGCUACGAUGGAGUGCAAGCUUUCCCAGGCCUUGGCUGAUGUUACCUGGGAGAAGGACGGGUGCCCGCUCAUCCCCAGCCCCCGGCUGAAGCUCCAGUCCCUCGGCACGCGCCGCUUUCUCCAGCUGCGGCGCUGCAACCUUUUGGACGCUGGGUCCUACAGCUGCGCGGUGGGGACGGCUCACGCAGGGCCCGUGCGCCUGGUCGUGCGCGAGCGCAUGGUGUUAGUGCUCUCCCAGCUCCGGUCGGUGCGCGCCCGCGAAGGUGACGGCGCCACGUUCGAGUGCACUGUGUCGGAGGUCGAGACCCCUGGGAAUUGGGAGCUCAAAGGGCGCCCGUUGAGACCUGGAGGCCGCGUCCGCAUCCGACAGGAAGAGAAGAAACAUAUUCUGGUGCUGAGCGAGCUACGCGCGGAGGACGCCGGUGAGGUCCGCUUCCAGGCGGGACCCGCCCAGUCCGUGGCGCAGCUGGAGGUGGAGGCACUGCCCCUCCAGAUGUGCCGCCGCCCCCCUUGCGAGAAGACGGUUCUGGUCGGCCGCAGGGCAGUGCUGGAGGUGACUCUGUCCCGUUCGGGGGGCCACGUGUGCUGGUUACGGGAGGGGAUUGAGCUGUGCCCCGGAGACAAGUACGAGCUGCGCAGCCACGGCCCUACCCACAGCCUGGUCAUCCGUGACGUGCUACCUGAGGACCAGGGCAUCUAUUGCUGCCAGACCGGUCAGGACAGCGCUGAAACACGACUGCUGGUAGAGGCUGGAGCCCAAGACCCCACCCCGGGGGCGGGGUCCUCGCAGUGACACGUCGGACAGCGGCGGCGGAGGCGGAGGCUCUCGAGCUUAGCGCAGGAACCCAGCGCGAUAUACUGGAGCUUCAGUGAGCGGCGCCGGGUGUUCACCUCGGACCGCGGUCUCUGC